GGCCGUGGGGCGCCGCGCGCGGUGGUCCUGGUUUGCGCGUCCUGGCGCUCUUCUGCUGUUAGCCUCGGCCGCCCGCGCCCCCGCUCUGGUCUGUGGUGCAGUCGGGAUCCGGAACCAUGUCGCUUUCGCGCUCAGAGGAGAUGCACCGGCUCACGGAAAAUGUCUACAAGACCAUCAUGGAGCAGUUCAACCCCAGCCUCCGGAACUUCAUCGCCAUGGGGAAGAACUAUGAGAAGGCCCUGGCAGGUGUGACCUUCGCUGCCAAGGGCUACUUCGAUGCCCUGGUGAAGAUGGGGGAGCUGGCCAGCGAGAGCCAGGGCUCCAAAGAGCUAGGGGACGUCCUCUUCCAGAUGGCUGAAGUACACAGGCAGAUCCAGAGUCAGCUGGAAGAAAUGCUGAAGUCUUUCCACAACGAGCUGCUCACACAGCUGGAGCAGAAGGUGGAGCUGGACUCCCGGUACCUGAGCGCUGCGCUGAAGAAGUACCAGACAGAGCAGAGGAACAAAGGGGACGCCCUGGACAAGUGUCAGGCCGAGCUGAAGAAGCUGCGCAAGAAGAGCCAGGGCAGCAAGAACCCACAGAAGUACUCGGAUAAGGAGCUCCAGUACAUUGACGCCAUCAGCAGCAAGCAGGGCGAGCUGGAGGGCUACGUGUCCGACGGCUACAGGACGGCGCUCACGGAGGAGCGGAGGAGGUUCUGCUUCCUGGUGGAGAAGCAGUGCGCCGUGGCCAAGAGCUCGGCCGCCUACCACUGCAAGGGCAAGGAGCUGCUGGCUCAGAAGCUGCCGCUGGCGGCCGGCAGCAACGGCACCAUCCUGCCAGGUGCUCUGUCGGCCUCCAAGUCCAACCUGGUCAUCUCUGACCCCAUCCCCGGCGCCAAGCCCCUGCCAGUGCCCCCUGAGCUGGCUCCUUUUGUGGGGCGGAUGUCCGCCCAGGAGAGCGCACCCAUCGUGAACGGCGUCGCAGGCCCUGACGGCGAGGAUUACAACCCCUGGGCCGACCGCAAGGCUGCCCAGCCCAAGUCCCUGCCUCCCCCGCAGUCUCAGAGCAAGCUGAGUGACUCGUACUCCAACACGCUCCCUGUGCGCAAGAGCGUGGCCCCCAAGAACAGCUACGCCACCACUGAGAACAAGACUCUGCCACGCUCCAGCUCCAUGGCGGCUGGCCUGGAACGCAAUGGCCGCAUGCGGGUUAAAGCCAUCUUCUCUCAUGCGGCCGGGGACAACAGCACCCUGCUGAGCUUCAAGGAGGGCGACCUGAUCACCCUGCUGGUCCCUGAGGCCCGUGACGGCUGGCACUAUGGCGAGAGCGAGAAGACCAAGAUGCGGGGCUGGUUUCCCUUCUCCUACACCCGCGUGCUGGACGGUGAUGGCAGUGACAGAUUGCACAUGAGCCUGCAGCCCGGGAAGAGCAGCAGCACCGGCAACCUCCUGGACAAGGAGGACCCGGCCCUGCCGCCCCCUGACUACGGCUCGUCCUCUCGGGCCUUCCCCGCGCAGACGGCCGGCACCUUCAAGCAGAGGCCCUACAGCGUGGCCAUGCCCGCCUUCUCCCAGGGCCUAGACGACUACGGGGCACGGUCUGUGAGCAGGAACCCCUUUGCCAACGUCCAGCUGAAGCCGACAGUGACCAACGACAGGUCUGCCCCGCUUCUCAGCUGACGGCCACGCCCGCUUCGCUGCCCCCAGCUCCUCGCUCCCCACAUUGGCACUCCUGUACAGGGAACCUCAGGAUCCCCGCUGCCAGCUCUGCCCCAUUCUCUCUGGCCUGGGCCGGAUCCUGGCUGUUCUGGGGAGGCGGCAUCUGUGCAGGGACAAGGACAGGGAAGGCGGUCCUUGGGAGGCGGUUCUUGGGAGGCUCAGACUUGCCUACGCUCCUUGUCACGAGGCCAGGAAGCCCCUGAUGCCAAGAGGGCAUUUGCCCAUUUGUACCUGGGAAGGAGUCCAGCGGCCUUUAGCACCCACACACCUGACCAAUAAACGGGCUGCCCACCUGUG